AUGAAGGUCGAAAUUGAUUCCUUUUCCGGUGCUAAGAUUUACCCAGGUAGAGGUACCUUGUUUGUCCGUGGUGACUCCAAGAUCUUCAGAUUCCAAUCUUCCAAGUCCGCUUCUUUGUUCCACCAAAGAAAGAACCCAAGAAGAAUUGCUUGGACUGUCUUGUACAGAAGACACCACAAGAAGGGUAUCACUGAAGAAGUUGCCAGAAAGAGAACUAGAAAGUCCGUCAAGGCUCAAAGAGCUGUUGUCGGUGCUUCUUUGGAAUUGAUCAAGGAAAGAAGAUCUUUGAAGCCAGAAGUUAGAAAGGCCCAAAGAGACGAAAAGAAGAAGGCUGACAAGGAAAAGAAGAAGGCUGACAAGGCUGCAAGAAAGUCCGAAAAGGCUAAGUUGGCUGCUGCUCAAGGUUCUAAGGUCUCUAAGCAACAAGCUAAGGGUGCCUUCCAAAAGGUUGCUGCUACUUCCCGUUAA